AUGUUGUUACAGAUGUUGUUGCAAGAAAACUGUAAUGAUAAGCAUCAUAUUUCAAUUUGUGAUAAAAAAAACAAUGCUGGAGCUUAUGUAAACUUAAAUUCAGAUAAAACCAUACCAGACACCUCAGUCAAUGUUGUUGGUUGUCAAGAUAAUAUUCUCCUGCAAACUGCAAAAGCUGAAAUAUUAGACACAAGCAACUCAAUAAAGAAAACUAAAAUUGUUGCAAGAGUGUUAUUUAAUAAUUGCUCUCAAAAGUCUUUUGUGACAUCUGAUGUAAGAAAGAAGUUGAAUCUCAAAACUAUUCGAAACGAAAUUCUAAAUGUAAAAGUGUUUGGAGAAAGUUGUGAAAAGCCUCGAAAAUUUGCUCUUGUCAGUAUUAAAAUUAAAAACAUCCAAACCAAUCAUUAUUCUACAAUCGAAGCAUAUGUUACACCAAUCAUAUGCUCUCCUAUUAUCAAUCAACGAAUCGACCUUGCAAAAUUGCAGCACACAGAAUUAGCCAAUAUACCGAUAGCUGAUGAUUUAAAAGAUCGAAAAGAAAUUGACAUAUUAAUAGGUGCAAAUUACUACUGGAACUUUGUAACAGGACAAUUAAUUAGAGCAAACCAAUCACUAACCGCAGUAAACACAAUUCUUGGUUGGACUCUUAAUGGAAAUGUUAAAUCAAUUAAUUCUGCUUCUGUAAAUAUAGCAUCUGUUCUUCAUACAUCUUCUGAACCAAUCUUAGUUAAUUCUGACGAUCUUGGCAGUCUUGGUAAAAUCAGGGAAUUAGAAGAUAUUAAUGAAAUAAACACAACCUUUGACUUAAAAAAUUUCUAUGACAUAAUCCAGUUUAAUGGUAAGAGAUAUUCCGUACCUCUACCUUGGAAACAAGAACGCAAACAGAUUCCAGAUAAUUAUGAGAAAAGCAAACUCAGAUUGCUAUCAACUUACAAUCGUCUCAAGAAAAAUCCAAACUUAUUGCAACAGUGCAAUGAGAUUAUACGUCAGCAGGAACAUGAAGGAAUUAUAGAAAGAAUCCCCGAUUUUCCACCACUCGUAGGACAAGUCCAUUAUCUUCCGCAUCACGCAGUAAUCAAAGAGGAAAAGUCUACCACAAAAUUACGAAUUGUCUUUGAUGCAUCGUCAAAUAGUCCUUCAUUAAACGAUUGUUUGGAAAAGGGUCCUUGCCUGCUUCCCAUGUUAAUUGAUAUUCUUAUAAGAUUUGGGACUUACAAAAUAGCAGUAGCUAGUGAUAUCGAAAAAGCAUUUCUCAACAUUGCUGUAAACAAAAAUGAUCGUGACUUUUUAAGAUUCUUGUGGUUCGACAAUGUAAACAACAGCAAUCCAAAAGUUAUCUCUUAUCGCUAUACUAGAGUACUAUUUGGUAUGAACUCGUCACAAUUCUUAUUAUUUGUAUCUAUCAUGAAACAUUUAUAUCAAUACAAACAUUGCGAUCCAGAAUUUGUGAACAAUUUCUUAAUAAAUUUAUAUGUUGACGAUAGCAUUGCAGGAGGAGAUACAUCAAAUGAGGUACUCGAAUUUUGCCUCAAAGCAAAAUCACGUCUAAAGACAGCAGGGUUAAACCUUAGAAAAUGGCGUUCAAAUAACAGUCGCCUUAUAUCAAUAUAUCAUCUUUCAACCCACAAGAUCACCCAAGUACGGAAAGUAAAAUCCUAG